AUGAAAGGCGUUAAGCGCUUUGGUAAGAAGGGAAAGCUUAGUUCGAGGUAUGUUGGCCCUUUCGAGAUUGUGGAGAAAGUUGGUCUUGCUGCUUAUCGAGUUGCAUUGCCGAAUUAUUUUGGAGAAGUUCACGAUGUGUUCCAUGUGUCAUCGUUGAAGAAGAGUUUUGGACAACAAGAAACGUGUUUUGUUGACCUAGAACGCAUUCAACUUCAGCCUGAUCAUACUUAUAAAGUUGCCCCGACGCAGAUUGUGGAUUGGAAAGAGCAAAGGUUAAGGUCCAAGAUGGUACCUUUGGUGAAAGUGUCAUAG